AUGCGCGCCCGCGCUGUGCCCGCCCGCGCGGCGAGACUGCUGCUGCUGGCGCUGCUGCUGGCCGGCUGCGCCGGCAACCCGGACGCCAAGCGCCUGUACGACGACCUGCUCAGCAACUACAACAAGCUGGUGCGGCCCGUGCUCAACGUCAGCGACGCGCUCACCGUGCGCAUCAAGCUGAAGCUCAGCCAGCUCAUCGACGUGAACUUAAAAAACCAGAUUAUGACAACCAACUUAUGGGUGGAACAGAGCUGGUACGACUACAAGCUGUCGUGGGAGCCGCGCGAGUACGGCGGUGUGGAGAUGCUGCACGUGCCGUCCGACCACAUCUGGCGCCCCGACAUCGUGCUGUACAACAAUGCGGAUGGCAACUUCGAGGUGACGCUGGCUACCAAGGCCACGCUGAACUACACGGGGCGAGUGGACUGGCGCCCGCCCGCCAUAUACAAGUCCUCCUGCGAGAUCGACGUCGAGUACUUCCCCUUCGACCAGCAGACCUGCAUCAUGAAGUUUGGCUCCUGGACUUAUGAUGGUUUCCAGGUGGACUUGCGACACAUCGACGAGGCCCGAGGAACCAAUGUCGUGGAACUAGGCGUGGAUCUUAGCGAAUUCUAUACUUCAGUCGAAUGGGACAUACUUGAAGUUCCUGCGGUUAGAAAUGAAAAGUUCUACACAUGCUGUGAUGAACCCUACCUGGACAUCACGUUCAACAUCACGAUGCGGCGCAAGACGCUGUUCUACACCGUGAACCUCAUCAUCCCGUGCAUGGGCAUCUCGUUCCUCACGGUGCUGGUGUUCUACCUGCCCUCCGACAGCGGCGAGAAGGUGUCGCUGUCCAUCUCCAUCCUGCUGUCGCUCACCGUGUUCUUCCUGCUGCUGGCCGAGAUCAUCCCGCCCACGUCGCUGGUGGUGCCGCUGCUCGGCAAGUUCGUGCUGUUCACCAUGAUCCUCGACACGUUCAGCAUCUGCGUGACCGUGGUGGUGCUCAACGUGCACUUCCGCUCGCCGCAGACGCACACCAUGGCGCCCUGGGUGCGGCGCGUGUUCAUCCACGUGCUGCCGCGCCUGCUGGUCAUGCGCCGCCCGCACUGCCGCCUGGACCCGCACCGCAGCCGCUUCGCAGGCCUGGUGACGAGUGGCGGCUGGUCGCCCGAGCCGGCGCCCGCGUCGCCGGGCGCGUGCCGCGUGCACGACGCGCCCGCGCUGUGCGACGCGCUGCGGCGCUGGCACCGCUGUCCCGAGCUGCACAAGGCCAUCGACGGCAUCAACUACAUCGCCGACCAGACGCGCAAGGAGGAGGAGUCCACCCGGGUUAAGGAGGACUGGAAGUACGUGGCCAUGGUACUGGACCGGCUGUUCCUGUGGAUCUUCACGCUGGCCGUGCUGGUGGGCUCGGCCGGCAUCAUCCUGCAGGCGCCCACGCUGUACGACGAGCGCGCGCCUAUCGACGUGCGCCUGUCCGAGAUAGCGUACGCCGCCGCCAAGCACCGGCCGCCGCCGCGCUAGGCGCCAGAGACUACGAUAUUAUUGUAAAUAAAAUUAUAUUAUAUAAAUAGUUUAUACGACGAAAUAACGUGAUCGAAGAUAAGUCGAAUUUCUUUUGAUAGAGACGAAAUAAAUUCGUUUGU